CAACAUGCCUAAAUUAAAGAAGGGGAAUCAGGACUAUUCCCUACUCCCAGUGCUACUAGCAUUCUGGUUGGCGGCUCCCAUAGGGGCUGUCAUUACUUUCUACUUGCUGCAACGAGACCUGCAGGCUCUCUAUUCAGUUGAACUGAUAGAAUUCCUUGCAGCUGCUGUUUUUGGCCUAGUUGGAAUCAAUCCGGAUAGUAAAGGGCCGAUUAUACUCGGAUGUAUCUCGGCCACGCUUGGUACAUUUCUCGGAGUUGCUACUGCAUUCACAGCAAUGGGAGUGUGUAUACCAAUGCAGGCCUUUAUAUGCGCAUUGGCCGUUUUCCACUAUGGGGAGUUCGUGUGCAACUACUGUUUCCAGGAUCAUGAGAGUAUAACGUACAGCACGUUUCUUAUCAAUAAUUCCGGUGCCUUCACAAUAGCCCUAUCGGCGGCAGCUCUUGAGUACACCAUCAUGGGUGGAGAUGGAUUGGGUUUACUAGGGAAGAUUGGACUGAUAAUAACUAUAGGAGGACAGUUACUAAGAUGGGCAGCGUUCAUGAGCGCUGGAUCGAAUUUCACUCAUCGAAUAAGAUUACAAAGGGGCGAUGCACAGCAGCUUAUCACAACAGGAGCAUAUGAACUAUGCCGACAUCCAGGCUAUAGUGGAUGGUUUUGGUGGGCAGUUGGAACGCAGUUGUUGUUAGGUAAUCGUUUGUGUCUACUUUUGUAUACGAUAUGUGCGUGGUGGUUCUUCUAUGAGCGGCUAAGGUUCGAGGAGCGGACGCUUGAAUAUUUUUACAAAGGAGAGUAUGUGAGGACUUUUUCGCGCCAAACGUUGAAACGACCUGUGAGAGAUAUCGGCACGCGGUCGGAUGCAGGAUUCCUCUUAUGGACCUAGCAUUGCAUAGAGAGCGUUUGAGGAGAGGCACUAGA